CCAACGUGCCGCACUGGUCCUUCUUGAACCUGACCGCACUGUAUUGGGCCAUCUUCCGCCGAUGGGCGCACCUUCGCCGUCAAGCCGGCGUAGAGACAGACGCGGAGGAGCCUCCUGAGACGGUACACCUUAGGGAAGGCGGCCGGACCCUGUUAUACCUGGACGCUUACGCCUACAGAGGUCGGGUUCUGAAAGAUCUGUGCCUCUAUGACUACAUGUCUAUGAUUCAACUUGUGCGUUCCCGUAACCUGGAUGAGGACGAAAUCCACGUAUCUCUUGAGGGGCGCUCUCCAGAAUGCCACAACUGGGUACAAAAGCUUCGGCGACCUCCUGACUACGCCGUGCCCAUCUUUCAAGGGUUCAUCAGCGACGAUCACAACGACGAGCACCCGGUAUAUUUCAAACGCAACUCUGUCCUCCAUUUGGCCCUCUUUGUGCCUUGGGAGGCCUUUCUUUCAAAGAGGCAGGGCGAUAUCACUAACAUCUGGUCGGAUUACGAGGCGGCUCUCUCUCCCCGCCUGCGUUUCCACGUCUCCAACAUCUCCCUUCUCAGAAAGUCAGCCGAAGAUGCGCGUAAAGACGCAAAGCUCUGGGCCAGCCGGUCGGAAGGUGAUGACACGGUUGAUGUGGAGCUCCCCCUGGAUGAAGAUUACUGCGGUGAAGAGGCAGCAACGAUGGCUGAGCAUCACCAAAGCUACACAGCUCUGCUCCAGACUCUUCAAAAUGCCAUACGGGAUUCCGACGCUACGAGGGACUCCCCAGUCUUACGGAGCCUGGCCCGGGACCUGUGCGAGGAGAACCCUGCUGAAGAGGAUAGGUCUUUUAUCCAACGCCACGAGGGCUUUUACCAGCAAAUUCGCCGUAACCAAGACAGUCCCUUAUGCCAAUAUCCGAGUCUAUCCGGAGACGAUGUUCAAGCCGCGGCAAAGGCCCAGGACAUGCUGCAUCUCCGAAUGCUGGAUGAGAUUGAAGGUUGCUCCCAAGGCGCUGUGCACUCCACGGGUAACGCCGACAUAGACGAUGUCUUAGCUCGGCAUUACGAUGCAGAGAUUCCCUUUCCGGCUCAAGGUCAAGACUCGGCCAUGGACAUGCCUCGAAUCCUUGUCGAUGUCAGUUCUACAACAGGCUUCGUCGAACUGGGACGCCUUGCCGCCUCCAACUAUACGCUCAACUAUCUGCAGAGCAUGGCUCUCCAACUCGUGUGCAGCUUCUUAGACAAGUACACUGCCGAUCCGGACUCGGCCGGCCAGCAUCUCCAG